AUGCACUGCAGGAUGCGAAUGAGCCCUUGGGCCUAUGAGGCCAAGCACGCAGCGCUUCAUGGAGCGAAACGGUACGACGAAGCCAUCGAUGCUUUCAAAUCUAUGCAGCAAGUGAUCAAAGAGUCCCGUGACCCUGCAAUCAGGCAACUGUGCAAGAAUUACCUGUCUCCGUCCGAGACGGUUGCAGUUAUUGAUCCUAUCAUCCACAGGACUCUCAAAAACUGUCCCCUUGUCGUCCUCGAUGUUACCACUGGUCGCCUUUGUGACAUUACCCAGCGGAUGCGUAUCUUCAAGAUCAGUCCUACCUUCAAAGAACUUGUUUCAUCCAUGAUGAAAGCCAUGGACGACAAGUGGAUCCUACGAGUCAUUGCAAGUUUUUUCGGAUACAUCAUGUUCUCUCAUGCAUGGCAGGGAGAGGAACCCUCAUUCCAGGACGUCAACAUGGUCAAAUCCGUGUGGAACCUUCCUGAAACGCCACUGAACAGGAAGUUGCGCAGUUUUUGCAACGAAACGCGUAGACUUGGUCACAAUUGGGCAUGGUCGGAUACGUGUUGCAUUGACAAGACCAAUCCCUCCGUCGUUCAUCAAUCCCUUACAUCUAUGUACAAAUGGUAUGCAGAUUCGGCUGCCACGCUUGUAUUCCUUGCUGGGGUAGCGCAUCCAUCCAAGCCUGGGGACCUUACACGUAGUUUAUGGAUGACACGAGCAUGGACUUUACAAGAGCUUCUCUCGCCAAGAGUCAUCCUUUUCUAUGAUUCCGAGUGGAAAUUUUACCUCGGCGAUGCUGGAGCGAACCACAAGGAAUCACAGCAGAUCACACAAGAACUAGUAGACACUAUCGAGAUUGUCCGCGGAACCAUUGUCACGUUCUCUCCAGAUGAUCUGGGAGUGCGCGAGAAACUACGUCUCGCUUCGACGCGCAACGCGACGGUUGAGGAAGACGUUGCAUACUCUCUCAUUGGCGUAUUCAAGUCCGAUAUCAGGCCCAACUACGGCGAGGGAGCCGACGCUCUCGGUCAUCUCCUGGAGGAGAUUGUGGCCCGCUUUGGCGACGUCACCGUGCCUGCAUGCUUCCAUUUCCGUUUACAACCAAACUCCCUACAACCCUACAUCUCUGGAAGGGGAAGAGAUGGAAACUUGCACCACGAAAUUACGCACCAAGAAGCCUUGAGCAUCUAUGGUCAUAUCAACUUUCUUCCGCCCGCACGUUUCGCCUUCCGACGUCUAUAUCUUCCAUGCAUCGUCUUCCCUAUCAGAAGACUCGGUAUACAGGGGAUACGCAGAGGCAACGAGAAACUAUAUCACGCCAAGGUAUCCGGGCUUGGAAGAGUGGAUUUUACGACCGCCGAUGAUCUCCCGCUGAACGAGCCUCAGAAAUUUGCCUUCGCACAUCCGUGGAUUCGUCAUAUCCGAGGUCCGAGUAGCGGGAUUGCCUGGGGAAGUGACUCGGAGUCUGAUACUGACCAUGAGUCUAAUUUGGAUGGCGACGCUAGAUCGGAUGAAGUUACACCAUUAUACGCUGUCCCCGAACCUCAGGUUGACAGCUAUACCCAGGCACUACAGAUGAUCGCUCGCCUCGGACAGCCAUUUAACGCGUUGCUUCUCGCACAGCAGCCAAAUGGGGAGUACAAGAGGGUCGCUGCAGAGGACGAGAUUGUCGUCUCUGGACUCGGAACGAAUGUCACCUCCAAGAACAUUCGGGCGCACGUCAUGGAAAUCCUUUGA